CCCGGGAUUGAGGGCUACCGCCAAAAAAGUAGUGGGGUGAUGUAGAGCAUGCCUGUUAGCCUUCAGGCUUCUUCAACAAUCACCACCUCCACCCCUCCCGACCGACAGAGCAACUCAUGAUACGUCCCUUCAAGAAGGUAGGAGUAGACCACACGGACCCCAUACCCAUAGAAGGAGGAGUGGGGCACAUUUUCAUCAUCACCUGCUUUGCCAGCCAGGCCGUAUAUCUCGAUUACUGCAGCAGCCUGGACGCCCAUACAUUUGUUUUGCUGCUACGACGCUUCACAGCCACACAUGGAGCUCCUUCUACUGCCUACAGUGACAAUGCUAUGACCUUCAGGGCUGCAAGCACCUUUCUCCAAGAGGUGUGCAACAAGGAUGUUGUUACAAGAGCAUUCCUGCGCCGCAUGGGAAUCAAGCACGGUAGGCGUUUCAAAGACGUAUUCCACCUACUACUACUACUACUACUUCUUACUCUACAACAAGAUGUAAACACGGUUACAGAACCGCCUGCUUUCCGACACCGAAACCGAAACUGAAUUAGAUGUCCGGUCUGCUAUAAAGUAAAUCCCUGCGACUGUGUGCCUUGUGAUUUCUAGAUAAACAUGGCCUUCUGCAAACGUUUCAGAGGAACUGGUUUACUUUGUUUCCUUUCGAAACCAAGCCUGUAUCCGACCAGAAUAUGCUUAGACCUAGGUUAUGCAGUUUCUGUCCCCAAGAGUUUCCAAGCACCCAGAUAUUUUUGCUCUUCGAUUACUAGUAGUUGUGGAAGACAAACGAUUAAAAAGUUAUUUCCAUGUUGCAAAACUAAUCACCAAGUCACAGCCCUGAAGUUGUCAACAACGCCCAGACCUAGGGGUAUGUCCCCUCAGUCCAAAUCGCAAAAGGAAGUUCCUUCUGGAAAGGCAAGGGGCACAAAGUCAACUCUGUAUUACAUAGCAGCGUUAGGUGUAGCGACUUUAGGUUUAAGCUAUGCAGCAGUCCCACUCUACAGGAUAUUUUGCCAGGCGUAUAGUUAUGGUGGAACAAUCCAGCAAGGACAUGAUGCUGAAAAAGUUGAAACAAUGCACAAGGUAGACAAUAGAGUUAUUACAGUGCGCUUCAAUGCAGACACUGCUGCCUCCAUGACUUGGAAUUUUAAGCCUCAGCAGUCUGAAAUUAAGGUCUUACCAGGAGAAACUGCAUUAGCUUUUUACACAGCACGCAAUCCUACUGAUCGGCCAGUGAUUGGGGUUUCAACAUAUAAUGUCAUUCCUUUUGAUGCUGGACAGUAUUUUAACAAGAUUCAGUGUUUUUGCUUUGAAGAGCAACUGCUCAACCCACAUGAAGAAGUACACAUGCCUGUUUUUUUCUAUAUUGAUCCUGAGUUUGUGGACGAUCCCAAGAUGGAGAAUGUUGAUCGGCUAACACUUUCUUAUACCUUUUUUGAAGCUCGUGAAGGUGUCCCAAUCCCUAUCCCAAAUUUUGCAAAAUACUGAUAAAUACAAUAUUGUAUAUAGUGUAAUAUAUGAAUAAUUUUUCAAAUGAGCAUUACCUCUCCAUUAUAUAGCUUUUACUUCUUUGCCAGUGGAAGUUUUUUGACAAAUAGCAAAGGAAAAACUAGAACACUUGAUUUUCUAUGAAUAUCUGUUUUCCUUCCAUCUACUUCCCCCAUCCCCACCAGGGGACCGAUUGGUACAAAAGCUUGUAGGCAGUCAGCCUACUUCUGUCACUUGUUGAGAGGAAGCAACAAAUUCAAAUUGUUUAAUGUACUUAGUUUUAUGAUGAGGAAAUAGUUUUAUUUUUAAAAUUUCUUUAAUAAUUAUUUUGAACUUUGUAUUGGUAAGAACAUGCAAGGUAAUUGUUGCCAUAAUAGGCUUUAGUACAGUUUUAUUGAUCCUCAUCUGAUGUGUGCACUGCUGAGGGAAGGAUACAUAAUAACUGGAAUAACCAGUAUGAAUUGUAGUUGAACAAAAUCAUGCAGAAAUUGAUUGCAAAUGAUGCUGCUCCUCUUCAAUCUGUUACUCUAACUAUUCUUCCAUAGAUUCAAGGCAUUAGAUUUGAUAAGAUUGUCAUAUUUUAUGUUCACUUGGUGUACGUUCCUCUUGAUUUUUUUCUCUAUGCUACUCUUUCAUGCAUCAUGUUAAGUUUGGGUAUUUCCCCAAGUCGGAGGAAGGGUCAGCACUCCUGCUUUGGCUUGCCAUGUCCUUGACACAUCCUCUUUUGCUCCCUCUGGUUGUGGAGCAACAGGUAACCAAGACAUGUUAAAGAGCAGUGCAUAUCUGUGCCCAUUGUCUCCGCCCUCUGUCUGGUCUGGUGUCAGUGAUGCUAUAUCUGAUGUCAGUGGUAUGGCACCAGCUCUGGUUUCAGAAUUCAUCCUCUGACAGGAUCACUUGGGAGAGAAUAAGAGUCGCUGACAUUUUUCCUUAUUUUAGUUUUUACUAUAUCAUAUUGAAUUGAUAGGGGUGAUCCUUCGACUCAUUUAGUAAUUUUGAAGCGGGUUUUGCUCUUCCACCAGGUGGUUAAGGAAAGUUUCCUUUUGUUCUAUAGGAUAGUCCUACUUGAUCUCUGUAGCUAAGGAUCAUUUGUGAUUUUAGACUAACAUUAAUUACCAGUUAGUUUUUAGAGGGGAGUCAAGAACUGCUUCUGUUUUCCCUUGUAUAGGCAGUCCCUGGUUAUCGGCGGGGUUUCUGUUCUAACAGCUUCGUGAUAAGCAAUUUUCUGCACUGAUAAUUGGAUUUUGGUGCUGAUAACCAGUUAAUGGUGCUCUUCUGUUAGGUAUGUACGGGCAGCCCUCAGUUAACGACAGUCCAGUUUUACAGUGCUUGUCUAGCGACGCUGUUAACUGGAAUUUCUGUGCCGAUCUCUGGCUAGCUGCGCCAUUUAGCAGGAUUUUAAUGCUGUUAUCACCGAUAACUGAUAACCAGUUAAUGGUGCUCCUCUGUUAGGUAUGUACAAGCAGCCCUAAGUUAACUGCUAUCCGGUUUUACAUCGCUUGUCUAGCGAUGCUGUUAACUGGAUUUUCUGUGCUGAUCUCUGGUUAGUAGUGGCGAUCUCUGGUUAAUGGUGCCAAUAUUCAGUUAGCAGCACCGUUAAGCAGGAUUUUAGUGCUGUUAUCACCAAUUUUCGGUUAGCAGCAUUGGCCGGAAACGGAACCCCUGCCAUUAACCAAGGGCUGCCUGUAUUGGUGCCAAUAAUCUACUAUCGGUUCCAAUAACCAGGAAUCGGUGCCGAAAAUCGAAAAUUUUUGGUGAUUUUCAGCUCUAGACAAACCCUAUAAAACCGGAUCUCUGAUAACAGAGGCUGCUAAAAACUGGGAUGGCCUGUACCUGUCUUUCUCCAGCCAAGGCGAUUGUGCGCUUCACAGUUUUGAUGCAUCAGUCACCAGCAUUUAGUGAAAUUUUGCAUUUGUUUCCACAGUGCCUUGCCUCUCUUGUGUGUUGUGCCCCUCUGGAUUUCUCCCUCGAUAUGUAGGUUCUCUUAGUCACCACACUCAUGCGCCUGUGUGACUAUCACCUGUUUGCCUUUUGUCUACCUGUUGAAAAUUUCAUCAAAGCACUCAUUUCAGCUUCUUUUUGGUAGAAAGGUGCGUAGUUUUGCUUAGCAGUAUUUCAGUGCUCGGCCUUGCUGUUUUGGUUUUGUUUUCCCUGUGGUUCAGGAACUUUCUUGGUGUCUUGAGGUUUUACUGAUCAGAAUUUUCUCUUGUUGAACCCACAGGUUCAGCUGGAUCAGUGGCCUCCUUUUAGGCUGGAGCAAGUGAGUUUCAUCAGCCCUGAUUUAAGAGGAGUUUUCAGUUCUUGGUAGAAGUUUAUCAGGAUUCAACCCUCUGUAGAAGCUGUCAGGAGUAAGUUCAGUGCUGUCAGCUGCUGCCCUUCCACCAUCAAGCCUUGUAGUCUUUGCCCUGGUCUCUAAGGAACAUUCUGGGCAUGUUUGAUGGUUAAGCCCUAUUUUCUCAUUUCUAUGUCAGGUGGGCAAGUGGUUUGAACUUAUGUUGAUUGAUGAAUCAGGUGUCUGGUUUAGAACCAAGUGAAAAAAAUGGUUAUGAUUUCUUUUUUAAAGUGAUUAAUUUCAUUGUGUAGGAAGUUAAUGAAUUAUUUUAGGGAAAUACCACCAUCAUUUAUGCUACUGCAAUUCAGUAUGUUAGAAGCUUUAGUGCAGUUCAUGGAAAGGUAGCCUCUUCUAAGAUGUAUCACCAUUCUUACAUACAUAUACAUUUUUGAUUGCGUAGUCGCUGUUUCGUCCUUAAAGGGUUUACCCUCCAUGGUGUGAGCCAGUGCCCCAUGGUGAUCAGACUAAUAUUAAAGAAAUAUCUUUUAGCUGGGUAUUAUGCC